AUGGCAGGCAAUGUAGGUAGGUUUCUGGAGAUGGCGAGCAGUAGCGGCCUGUGGACUGGACUAAUGGACUAUGAAUUGAGCGUGUCGGAGAGGGGGUCGCUCGGUGCGAGGGACGCCGGUUCACCUCGUCUCGUCUCGUCGGGGGGUAGAGGGCGAAAUGAUGGGUUGGAGAAAGACGUGGCGAGGUAUAGUUCAGAAGAGGCGAUGGGAAUAGCGAGAAUCGAAAAGAGAAGAGCAGACCAUGUAGAGUUGAUAGCAGAGAGAAGAAGAAUUAUGAAGAAAGAAAACAGAGACAAAGCAAGAUUGGAAAAUGCGGAUGUGUAUGGGAAUGACAAGAGAUGGCGUUGA